ACUCCACUCCAGGAGACACUCUCCAGCAAGAACCUCAACAGGGGAAGCUCCUUUCGGAUCAUCAGAAGUCCCAGCGUCGCUCUCACGCACUCUCUCUCUCUCUUCCCUUCUCAGGUUUAUAUGUUGGAGUUUCAAGAGUUGUUGAAGGAAGAUUGACACAAACAAACAAACAAACAGCCAUGGGCUAUUGCAUCAACUGCGAAACUCUCUCUUCCAAAUCCCUUAUCUCACAAUCGUCUUCCGUUUUCUCUCCCUCCAAACUCUGCUCCUCCAAACCGGGCGCGUCUUGCGUAGUUGUCCGCUCCAACAAGCGCGGCUCUAAGAGAAACCCGGUCUCUUUCAGCCUGCGAUCAUGGCCGGUUCAACUCGCCCGGUGCGCCGAGAGUUCUCGGACCAGAGUCAAUUCGGUUCGGAGCGAGCAAGCGGCCAUAUCUACCGCCGAUUAUUCGAGGCCGACGUUGGGGAAACGGACCGACCUGAAGAAGAUCAUGAUAAUCGGCGCGGGGCCCAUUGUGAUCGGCCAGGCGUGUGAGUUCGAUUACUCGGGGACUCAAGCAUGCAAGGCGCUAAGGGAAGAGGGGUACGAGGUCGUUUUGAUCAAUUCGAACCCGGCCACGAUCAUGACCGACCCGGAUUUGGCCGAUAGGACAUACAUUUCGCCGAUGACGCCCGAGCUGGUCGAGCAAGUGCUCGAGCAGGAGCGCCCCGACGCUCUGUUGCCCACCAUGGGCGGCCAGACCGCGCUGAACCUCGCGGUCGCGUUGGCUGAGAGUGGCGCGCUCGAGAAAUACGGAGUCGAAUUGAUCGGAGCCAAGCUCGAGGCAAUCAAGAAAGCCGAGGACAGAGAAUUGUUCAAGCAGGCGAUGAAGAACAUCGGGAUUAAAACGCCGCCGUCGGGAAUUGGUAACACAUUGGAAGAGUGCAUCGAAAUUGCGAACGAGAUUGGUGAAUUUCCAUUGAUUAUUCGGCCCGCCUUUACUUUAGGCGGUACCGGAGGCGGCAUUGCUUAUAACAAGGAGGAAUUCGAGGCGAUAUGCAAGUCUGGGCUCGCGGCGAGCGUGACUUCUCAGGUUUUGGUGGAGAAGUCUCUACUGGGAUGGAAGGAGUACGAGCUUGAGGUUAUGAGAGACCUAGCGGAUAAUGUUGUUAUCAUUUGCUCCAUCGAGAAUAUCGACCCGAUGGGAGUUCAUACUGGGGAUUCGAUUACCGUGGCUCCGGCGCAGACAUUGACGGAUAAGGAGUACCAGCGGCUUCGCGAUUACUCUAUCGCGAUAAUUAGGGAAAUUGGAGUUGAGUGUGGCGGCUCCAAUGUGCAGUUUGCUGUGAAUCCUGAGGAUGGUGAGGUGAUGGUGAUUGAGAUGAACCCGAGGGUGUCGCGGUCGUCGGCUCUGGCGUCCAAGGCUACGGGGUUUCCCAUAGCCAAGAUGGCUGCCAAGUUGUCGGUUGGUUAUUCCUUGGAUCAGAUUCCGAACGACAUCACGAAGAAGACCCCCGCUAGUUUCGAGCCUUCAAUAGAUUAUGUGGUGACCAAGAUCCCGCGGUUUGCAUUUGAGAAAUUCCCUGGUUCUGAGCCAAUACUGACAACUCAAAUGAAGUCUGUUGGUGAAUCCAUGGCAGUAGGCCGUACAUUCCAGGAAUCCUUCCAGAAAGCAGUUCGAUCACUGGAAUGUGGCUACUUCGGAUGGGGUUGUGCACAGGUAAAGGAGCUUGACUGGGAUUGGGAUCAGCUGAAGUAUAGCCUUCGGGUUCCUAACCCAGAUCGUAUCCAUGCCGUAUAUGCUGUAAUGAAGAAGGGAAUGAAGGUAGAUGAUAUUCAUGAGCUGAGUUACAUUGACAAAUGGUUCCUCACACAGCUUAAAGAGCUGGUAGAUGUGGAACAGUUCCUCCUCGCCUGUAGCUUGUCUGAUCUGACAAAGAGUGACUUAUAUGAAGUGAAGAAAAGAGGUUUCAGCGAUAAGCAGAUAGCCUUUGCAACUAAAUCCACUGAGAAAGAAGUCCGGGUGAAGCGGUUCUCUCUAGGUGUGGCUCCAGCAUAUAAGCGGGUAGAUACUUGUGCAGCAGAGUUUGAGGCAAAUACUCCUUACAUGUACUCCUCCUAUGAUUUUGAGUGUGAAUCAGCUCCCACCCAAAGAAAGAAGGUUUUGAUUUUAGGUGGAGGACCAAAUCGAAUAGGUCAGGGGAUUGAGUUUGACUAUUGCUGUUGCCAUACAUCCUUUGCACUUCAGAAAGCAGGAUAUGAGACAAUCAUGAUGAAUUCAAAUCCUGAAACAGUAUCCACUGACUAUGACACGAGUGAUCGUCUAUACUUUGAACCCUUGACAAUUGAAGAUGUUACAAACAUUAUUGAUUUGGAGAGACCGGAUGGUAUCAUUGUGCAGUUUGGAGGUCAAACACCGCUGAAGCUAUCUCUCCCAAUCCAGCAAUAUUUAGAUGAGCACAAACUCAUGUGUGCCAGUGGGGCUGGACAUGUACGCAUUUGGGGUACAUCACCCGAUUCCAUAGAUGCAGCUGAAGACAGAGAGAGGUUUAAUUUAAUCCUGAAAGAAUUAAACAUUGACCAGCCAAAAGGAGGAAUUGCCAAGAGUGAAGCUGAUGCCCUUGCCAUCGCUGUGGACAUUGGGUAUCCAGUUGUUGUCCGACCUUCCUAUGUAUUGGGUGGCCGUGCAAUGGAGAUUGUAUAUAGUGAUGAAAAGCUUGCGAGAUAUCUGGAAAAUGCAGUUAAGGUUGAUCCAGGACGUCCUGUAUUGGUUGACAAGUAUUUAUCAGAUGCUAUUGAGAUUGAUGUUGACGCACUUGCCGACUCACAUGGUGAUGUGGUGAUUGGUGGGAUAAUGGAGCACAUUGAGCAGGCUGGGGUCCAUUCUGGUGACUCAGCUUGCAUGAUUCCGACACAAAGCGUGACAUCUACUUGCUUGAGCACAAUUAGGUCAUGGACAACAAAGUUGGCUAAGAGGCUAAAUGUUUGUGGUCUUAUGAAUUGUCAGUAUGCAAUUACAGCAUCUAAGGAGGUUUUCUUGCUCGAGGCAAAUCCCCGUGCUUCCCGUACUGUCCCGUUUGUGUCAAAGGCUAUUGGUCACCCAUUGGCUAAAUAUGCUUCCCUUGUCAUGUCUGGGAAGUCCCUUCAUGAACUAGAUUUCACAAAAGAGGUAAUCCCGAAAUAUGUUUCAGUCAAGGAAGCUGUUCUUCCAUUUGAGAAGUUCCAGGGCUGUGAUGUGUUGCUAGGGCCUGAGAUGCGCAGCACUGGUGAGGUGAUGGGUAUUGAUCCUGAGUUUGCUAUUGCAUUUGCCAAGGCUCAAAUUGCAGCUGGGCAGAAGCUACCACUUUCUGGCACUGUGUUCCUCAGCUUGAAUGACUUGACAAAGCCCCAUCUUGAAAGAAUUGCGAGGGCCUUUCUGGCACUGGGUUUUAGUAUAGUUUCAACUUCGGGGACAGCUCAUGUUCUUGAAUUAGCAAAUGUCCCAGUGGAACGAGUGCUGAAGAUGCAUGAGGGGCGGCCACAUGCUGGUGAUAUGCUUGCUAAUGAGCAGAUCCAGUUGAUGGUGAUUACAAGCUCGGGUGAUUCACUCGAUCAGAUUGAUGGAAUGAAGCUGAGAAGGAUGGGUCUUGCUCACAAGGUUCCUGUGAUAACAACGGUUCCUGGAGCUUUGGCAACUGCAGCGGCAAUAAAGAGCUUGAAGUCCAGCACCAUUAAGAUGAUUGCUCUUCAGGACUUAUUUUAUGUUGAGGUUAAAUCAGGGAAUAGUAAAGAUUUGCAGUCAGCCUCUUCCUCUCUAUAAGUAGAUGAGGAAAUUCUCUGGAGAUACUGCCCUUAACAGGUGGAUCUAUAAAUGGAUCUUUGUGCAUAGAUUGUUCCUGCAAAAUCUAUUUGGUUUUCUCCCCUCUUGAUUGUGCUUGUUCUGGGGGUACUGCCCGCAGAAGUGGUUCAUGAUUAUAUAAUAUAAAAUAGGGGAUGCGGAUUUUGUAUAGUGUGGUGUGUGUAAAAUGUUGAACUUCAACAAACUAUUUAAUGAGUAAAAACUUUUCCUUAUAAUGGGAAAAGAAAUCCAUACCUCAUAAUUUUAUUCUAUAUACGUAGUGGUCGA